CAGAUACGACACUGAUGUGGAAGAGGAUAAGGUGAAAUUGACAGACCUGAUAUUUUUUAUGCUCAAAAAAGCUGUCCAUAUUUACUGUCAAUGGUCAUUCCAUUUUAUAAAUCUGUAAUUUAAUAUUUGAUAGCAAAUGGCGAGUCUUUUCUAGAUAAGGAAGAAACAAAAAAUUUUGCAAAAUAGCUUCAAAAACAAAUAUCGUUUUAGAAUCGUCAAGUGAUAGUGAAGAAACGUUUUUCUAAUUGCUGCAACAUAUUAGGUGAAUCCUGCAAUUACGUUUGUGAUGUGAAUGAAAAGGAUAAAUUCGCUUACAAGUUUCAAUGUAGUCUGGAGAUGGUGUGUAAAGAGGAUGUUUUAUUAUGGUUUAAGGACUUAGAAGGCUAUAAACGGAUAGAAUUUAUGUAUGAAUUAAUAAACAUGUGUGUUUCAUUUGAAGUUCGGUUAUUAGGUAGUUGCAUUGAAGAAAUAGGAAAGCACAGUUAUCAAGAGCUCCGUGGUCCUGCUAUUACAGCAAAUGACAUUGAUAAACUGUCCAAAGAUGGUACCUUUAGUAAUGGUUUAUUAGAUGAAACAACACGACAUCGAGCUGUAAUUUACUUAUCAUUAUUGUCAUCACGAAACUGUAAAUGUGCAGAAUGGUUUUACAAGAAGUUAUUAAGGACAGAAUCUAUAGAAUCUUAUAUAGUGAAUAAUAAUUGUAAAGAUGAAAAUCUAUUAAGUGAACUUUUGUUAUUGUACACCAUAGCAUUCUAUCAUCCUGCCUUUACCUUUGAACAGAAGACAUUUUUUGGUAACAUGCUUACCUAUCUUAUGGAACAAAAAGAAAGGAAAAGAAGAAUAUCACCUAAACCAUUUGGAGGAUAUCCUCCCGGAUUUGGAUAUCCUAUGACACCUAAGAUUUCACAACCCCUGCCUGAAAUUUCUCAGAUACCUGUGAAGACAGCAUCUCCUAUGUGUCAUGGUGAUUCAACAAAUAUCCAUCAUCAUCCACCUUGUCUUCCAGCUCAGCCUACAUUGGGAACACCUCUGGAGUUUGUGCAAAUGUGGACAAGACCUGCACCAUUCCCUGGUACUAUUAGUGGUGCUCCAGAUGUAGCUCCUUUUCCACCCCAACCCAUCUCUCCUAUUAUUAGUCAGCCUUCUUCACCAACAGCGAGUAGAGCGGCAUCGCCUCAUCGGACAGCCUUUCCCCCAAUAAGGUCAACGACAGUCCUACAACCUCUUCCACCCAUUACGUUACAAUCACAACCCCCGUCCAUUGAAAUUAUGCCUCAGUUACCUUUAGAUCCGCUCUCUCACACCUCCGUCAUGGGAUCCUUUUCAAAUGACUUAAAAAACGCCGACGACGAACUAAGUCACAUACAAGACGAUAAACCUCGAGAUAACAAUUCAUGGCUGGCGUCGAUGGUUGUUCCUGUAGAUAUCAAGCCACCUAACGGAAUAAGAUUUCCACCUUAUAAGGUUCCUCCACCUUCGUCACAACAGUAUUUCUUUGAGCAAAUGCAGGCUUUGAACUUAGACGGCGAAAGUUCAUUGCAUCGAUCAAACUCGAGUUCAUCAACAAGUAGCUUAAAUCAAUCUCCACCUGAUACGCCAACCAUAACUCCCACGACAACACCUCAUGGUCCUGGUCGGGGCGCAAUUGCACCUACGUCGUCAUCCGAUGGGAAAGUGCGCGUGAACGGUCUCCCGUCGGCUCCGCCACCUCCGUUGCCAUAUGCACCCCUGUGCGAUACGUCUUGUCCUCCACCGCCCCCGCCCGUGCCUUACACGAACUAUCCACCGCACCGUACCGUUUUUCAAUAUACGCAAUCGUUUAGGCCCCCGUUUAGCUGUCCGUACACUUAUCAACCUGCUGAAAAUGUUAUUUAUUCAUCGUAUAGCGGUGCUCCAUACGUUCCGAUUAUGAUUUCAGGCGGUGCUGCGGCUCCACCACUUCCGCCCAGGAAUUCGAACUGUUAUAAUUGUGGUGCAUGCGGACAUAUCGGUGCCGAGUGCCCCGCCCAAACCAUAGAGGAGAUCACUCAAAAAAAGGCUUAUACUUUGGAAUUUAAUGCAUCGUUGCCCGAUACGGACAACAAGUGAUAAUUAACAUUAGGCGGCCAUUAAGAGCACGUGUUGUUUUGUUUCUCUCAUGCGUCAUUGUCAAAUUGAAUCACUGAAAAUUGUUACACUAAUAGUUUGGAGUUGCCUGUGUGAGUUAUACAGUUUUACUGUGCCCAUGACUCGACUAUCUUGUAGUUGUGUUUUUUCUUUUAAGACGAAGCCGAAGUCGUCAAGAGACUGAAAGCUAUCACCUAAUGAAUAUUAUUAUUAUACUGAUUGUAAAUGUGUAAAUUUGUUGAUUUUAUUUGUGUGAAAAGUUUACUGCGAACGUUUUUGGAUGAAAGCAUGCUAAUGGAAAAAAGAAAUGCAAAGAGAUUAUGCCAGUUUUUUUGUG